AUGAAAAGCGAUUAUGUUUCGAAGCACAACUCAAUCAUUUUGAAUUAUAAGCCGAAUCAUAAUAACUUGAGCCAGCCAAGAAUCAGAAGAGAUGAUCUUAAACUUAAGUUUCACAAAAAAAGCUCAAUAGGUAUCCAGUGUGACCCUGAUCAAGCUUCAGAAAGAGUUUUCCAAGAAAAAAGAAAAACUGAAGAAAAAUUGAGCCAGAAAAUAAUAAGUUCCAACUGUAAAUCUAUAAAUUUAUCAAUUGAUAGAAAUCUUGCUCCAAUUUCCAAAAGAAUUAAAAUUCCAAGAGCAAAAACAAGAUCAGACUAUUUCAGAGGAAUUGGAAUUUCUCCUGAAGCUAGCAAGCUAUAUCUAGAAACCCCCAAAUCCCCUUCUUUACAAAACCUGUUAAGAGUUAACAGUCCUGUAGACGACUUCAUAGACCGAAAUCUUCUCAGUGACCAUUCCUCAAAAACUCGCAGUCAAAGUAAUCUGCGUCAGCACAAAAGAAGAAUUAAAAUUAAUUUUCGCACGCUGAAGCAUAGUGAAUCUACUCCAGAAACCUUUAAAUAUCCAGAGAGAAGAAUAGAUAAUGAAAAAAGCAUAAUGGAAUAUUUCAAUAUUUUAAAUCGACCACCAAAACCUCGAAAUGAAAAAAUCAAAUUCAGGCCGAUUAAUUUUCAGAAUAUGCUGAGCCGAAGGAAAAUUAAGCAGCAUAUAAAGCUUAUAAGAAAUGAAAACGGUUGCUAUAGCUACUCACUCUUCCUAUAAUAAAAAUAGUGAUAUUUUUAUUUAGAAAGUCUGGCUAAAUUAAUAAAAUAAUAUAACACAAAUUUUUUUUUUUUUUUAAAAAAUUAAGAAUUAGGCAAAUAGUUAGAUGAUUAUUCUCAAUAUUAA